UGUGGGAGGCAGUCUCUCUGACGCCGUCUUGUUUAUUUCUUUGCAUCCAAACGCCACUUUUCCUCUCUAAAACGAAGCUAAAAUGCAGAGCAAAGUCGACAUUAUCUAAAGUAAUAAUUCAAAAGAAACAUUUAACAGCCGCAGUCGCGAGGACGGACUGUAACAUGGAGGCCGGGGAAGGUGUCGGCAGUGCCACGCCCACGGAGGAGAUGAACGGAGCCGGGAACCUGAUGGACUUCCUGGACGAGCCUUUUCCUGACGUGGGCACGUACGAAGACUUCCACACCAUCGAUUGGCUGAGGGAGAAAUCCAGAGACACGGACCGCCACCGCAAGAUCACCAGUAAGAGCAAGGAGUCCUUCUGGGAGCUGAUCAAGAGCCUGCUGGACGCCUGGUCCGGGUGGGUGGUGAUGCUGCUCAUCGGGCUCCUCUCAGGGACGCUGGCCGGGGUCAUAGACCUGGCGGUGGACUGGAUGACGGAUCUGAAGGAGGGCGUGUGUCUGUCGGCCUUCUGGUACAGCCACGAGCAGUGCUGCUGGACGUCCAACGAGACCACCUUCGACGACCGGGACAAGUGUCCCCAGUGGCAGAAGUGGGCCGAGCUGAUGACGGGCCACGCCGAGGGAGCGGGAGCGUACGUGUUGAACUACUUCCUGUACGUGCUGUGGGCUCUGCUGUUUUCCUUCCUGGCGGUGUCCCUGGUCCGAGUCUUCGCUCCCUACGCCUGCGGGUCGGGAAUCCCAGAGAUCAAGACGAUCCUGAGCGGCUUCAUCAUCCGGGGCUACCUGGGGAAGUGGACCCUGCUGAUCAAGACGGUCACCCUGGUCCUGGCGGUGUCGUCGGGUCUCAGUCUGGGGAAGGAGGGCCCUCUGGUCCACGUGGCCUGCUGCUGCGGGAACCUCUUCUGCAGUCUCUUCUCCAAGUACAGCAAGAACGAGGGCAAGCGCCGAGAGGUGUUAUCGGCUGCAGCAGCAGCGGGGGUGUCGGUGGCCUUCGGUGCCCCGAUCGGAGGAGUUCUGUUCAGCCUGGAAGAGGUCAGUUACUACUUCCCUCUGAAGACUCUGUGGCGGUCCUUUUUCGCCGCCCUGGUGGCCGCCUUCACGCUGCGCUCCAUCAACCCGUUCGGCAACAGCCGCCUGGUGCUCUUCUACGUGGAGUACCACACGCCGUGGUACAUGGCCGAGCUGGUGCCCUUCAUCCUGCUGGGGGUUUUCGGCGGCCUCUGGGGGACCCUCUUCAUCCGGGCCAACAUCGCCUGGUGCCGUCGCAGGAAGACCACCCAGCUGGGCAAGUACCCGGUCCUGGAGGUCAUCGCCGUGACGGGCAUCACCGCCGUGCUGGCGUUCCCGAACCCGUACACGCGUCGCAGCACCAGCGAGCUCAUCUCGGAGCUGUUCAACGACUGCGGCGCGUUGGAGUCGUCGCAGCUGUGCGACUACGUCAACAAUCCCAACAUGAGUCGGCCCGUGGACGACAUCCCGGACCGGCCCGCGGGGCCCGGGGUCUACAACGCCCUCUGGCAGCUCGCCCUGGCUCUCGUCUUUAAAAUCGUCAUCACCAUUUUCACCUUCGGCAUGAAGAUCCCGUCAGGUCUCUUCAUUCCCAGCAUGGCCGUCGGAGCCAUCGCGGGCCGGAUCGUGGGGAUCGCCGUGGAGCAGAUGGCGUACCACCACCACGACUGGAUCAUCUUCAAGAACUGGUGCCGGCCCGGCGCCGACUGUGUACCGGGACUCUACGCCAUGGUGGGGGCCGCCGCGUGUCUGGGCGGGGUGACCCGGAUGACCGUCUCCCUGGUGGUCAUCAUGUUCGAGCUCACCGGCGGUCUGGAGUACAUCGUCCCCCUGAUGGCCGCCGCCGUCACCAGCAAAUGGGUGGCGGACGCCUUCGGGAAGGAGGGCAUCUACGAGUCCCACAUCCAGCUCAACGGCUACCCCUACCUGGACGUCCGGGACGAGUUCACCCACCGCACGCUGGCCACCGACGUGAUGCGGCCCCGCAGGAACGACCCCCCCCUGGCCGUCCUCACCCAGGACAGCACCACGGUGGAGGACGUGGAGGCGCUGAUCAAAGACACCGAUUACAACGGGUUCCCCGUGGUCGUCUCCAGGGAGUCGGAGAGGCUCAUCGGCUUCGUCCAGCGCCGGGAUCUCACCCUCGCCAUCAGUAAAACCGCCCGUCAGAAGCAGGACGGCGUGGUGAGCAGCUCGGUGGUCUACUUCACCGAGGAUGCGCCGCAGCUGCCGGCCAGCAACCCGCAGCCGCUGAAGCUGCGACGCAUCCUGAACCUCAGCCCCUUCACCGUCACCGACCACACCCCCAUGGAGACGGUGGUGGACAUCUUCCGCAAGCUGGGCCUCCGCCAGUGUCUCGUGACCAGGAGCGGGCGUCUCCUGGGCAUCAUCACCAAGAAGGACGUCCUGCGACACAUGGCUCAGAUGAUGAACCAGGAUCCAGAGUCCAUCAUGUUCAAUUAGCAAAAAGAGAGAGGAGCUUCCCUUUGCUCUGCUGACGUUGUAAAUAGGAGAAACCGGC